AUGGUUUGUAUGCUAACAUUAGCACGACCAAAUUAUGAUAAUGAUGAUUUCAAUGUUGACCAUGAGAUGGCAGUCGAGUUUCUAAAACGAACAUUUUUUCAUCCAGGAAAAACGAAAUGUGAAGAACAAAAACGAGAAGCAUCAGAAAAAUAUGAAGAACGUUGUGAACCAAGUAUUAAUAAAUUAACUGGAUCACGAUAUUGUCCCGAUAUCAAAACAUGGGAUGCAUUUAAAAAUUAUGAAGUGGGUGGUGGUUAUGGUCGUUAG